ACAAGUCUUGCAAGUUAUGGCUUCAGGAUUUCAUUCUACAUUGGGAUGUCCGUGUCGAUGAGUGACUGAAUGACCAUUUGGGAUUUUACCUUUCUCGACUAUGUCUUUUAAAGUGUAUUAUCUUUCAUUUGUUGCUUUAGUCCUUUUACAUUCUCGAUGAUUUGAUACCUAGUGGACAUUUUCACAGAAAUAUUGCAAAAGUGUCCUAUACAUAUUGGAUAUCACCGAAUACUUUUACUAACUCCGUUUUUUAAAUAUUAUAGAAAUAUAACAUCUCGGGAAUAUGGCACUUUAUGUUGAAGGUCUGAGUAAGGGGUUGCUUAACGGAGAGAUGGCCCAGUUUCAAGAGGUGAUGAGACAGCAACUGGAAACCUCCAUGCACACUGAGCUGGAGAAACUCCUGGAUACAGCUACUGGGGCAGACAAGGAGGUCUCCAAGAAGGACUUUGAAGGAUUCAAGAAACUGUUCCACCGGUUUCUGCAGGUCAAGGGGCCAUCUGUGGAGUGGUCCAAGAUUCACAGACCUCCCGAAGACUCAAUCCAGCCAUAUGAGAAGAUCGUGGCGCGGGGCCUCCCGGACAGCGUAGCGGAGAGCCUCAACAAGCUAGUGGUGGUCAAGCUGAAUGGAGGUCUGGGCACCAGCAUGGGCUGCAAAGGACCCAAGAGCCUCAUCAGUGUCCGCAACGAGAACACGUUCUUGGACCUCACCGUGCAGCAGAUAGAGCACUUGAAUAAGACUUACAACACAGAUGUUCCUCUGGUGCUCAUGAACUCCUUCAACACAGAUGAAGACACGAAGAAGAUCCUCCAGAAAUACACACAUCACCGCGUUAAGAUACACACCUUCAACCAGAGCAGGUACCCGCGUAUUAACAAGGAGUCCCUUCUCCCCGUGGCAACGGACAUGGGAAUGACGGGCCAGAACGCCGACGUCUGGUACCCCCCCGGACACGGAGACAUCUACGCCAGCUUCUACAACUCCGGCCUGCUGGACCAACUCAUCGCAGAGGGCAAGGAGUACAUCUUUGUGUCCAACAUCGACAACCUGGGAGCCACGGUGGACCUGCACAUCCUUCACCACCUGGUGAGCCGGGUGCCCAAUGGGAAACGCUGCGAGUUCAUCAUGGAGGUCACCGACAAGACACGCGCCGACGUCAAGGGCGGUACUCUGAUCCAGUACGACGGUAAGCUGCGUCUGUUGGAGAUCGCUCAGGUGCCCAAGGCCCACGUGGACGAGUUCAAAUCAGUCACCAAGUUCAAGAUCUUCAACACCAACAACCUGUGGAUCUCCCUGGGGGCCAUCAAGAGGCUGCAGGAGCAGAACGCCAUGGACAUGGAGAUCAUUGUCAACCCCAAGACCCUGGACGGCGGACAGAACGUGAUCCAGCUGGAGACGGCGGUGGGCGCUGCCAUAAAGAGCUUUGACAACGCCAUGGGCAUCAACGUGCCGCGGUCCCGUUUCCUGCCUGUCAAGACCGUGUCGGACCUCCUCCUGGUCAUGUCCAACCUCUACAGCCUGGAGGCAGGGUCUCUCACCAUGAGCCAGAAGCGGGAGUUCCCCACUACACCCCACAUCAAGCUGGGCAGCUCCUUCAAUAAGGUCCAGGAGUACCAGAACCGGUUCGAGAGCAUCCCUGACAUGCUGGAGCUUGAUCACCUGACAGUGUCUGGUGACGUGACGUUUGGAAAACAAGUUUCUCUCAAGGGAACGGUAAUCAUCAUAGCCAAUCACGGAGAUCGUAUCGACAUUCCGGCUGGCACGAUACUGGAGAACAAAAUUGUUUCUGGCAACCUUCGCAUCCUGGAUCACUGAAGCCUUUACCUGCUAUCCCAGUCUUGUUAUGAAACCCGUCAUGUGACCAAGCUCAUCGCCCGCUCAUGUGACCAAGCUCAUCGUAUCCACCCCAGCCAUCACACCAAGCUCAUCUUAUCCACACCAGUCUUGUGAUACAGACUCCGUCCAUAGCGUUCAGACUGGUCCUUGACUCCAGAGACAGUGGCAUCCCCAAUACCUACUGAUAAGAUACCCAUUUGAUAAGAGGUCUUACCUGUGGGAUCACAAUGCCAUCGUACUGACGAUAUGGUACCCUGUGCAAUAUCAAUGGGAGAUGCAAUAUGUACAUGUUAAUGCAGUCACAAAUCGAUAGAUUGUUCAAAACAAUAUCAGGUCAAAAAGUAGAAUAAUCUGUCAUUGUUGUUUUCGUCUGGCAUUAUAUUCUGGGAAUCUGACUCGUGGGAUGUGAUACUGAACAGUUUUUCAACCAAUAACAUUGGAUAAGAUGGCUUAUGUGUAAUAAUAAAGGUAUGUUAGCUUGCUUAACCUUAAAAAUACCUUAUACAUAUUGACAUGUUUGUAAUUCCCCAAAACUAUAUUUUGUAUAUCAAACUUGUUUUUGCCCUGUCUGUUUAUCAGUCCACUGAGUCCACCUGUACAUUACUGUGAACAUCCACUCCACUCCAUUCCAUCUCCCUCUGUUCCACUCUCUGUUCCACUCUCUGUUCCACUCAUCACUUGCUCUGUCCAGAGUGAUAGAGAGAAUAGUGGCAGCAUAUUUUUGUCAAUGGUUGUUGUUAAUGUAAUACAAAAAGAACUAAAACACACACACACACACACUCACUCACUGCGGGAGGUUUAACAACUCCCACAAACACCAACUGGCAGAGGCUUGAAUGUCAUCUGAGGCUUCUACUUUCUGCCGAAUGGGAGCCUGAAUGCAUUUCUAGGGUUUCCUGAGACUGAAAGGUGUCCAGGAUGCAGAGUUGGGAUGUUUGUGGGUGCUAAGCUUUAGAAUGUUCUAGAGCUGAAUAAAGUGCAAUAUGAAAUGAUCUC